UGAGGCUAGCCUUUUGUUAAAGACCAAAAAUCGUGAGGCGAGCCUCGCUCGGUACUUUAUUUUACAGCCGCUGCGCCUGCUCUUCACCGCCACCGCUUCCCGUCGGCGGCUGCCCAAACCCCGGAACCCUCUCGGCCAAUGCCGGCGCCGCUCGCCGCCUCCUGGCGCCGGCAUGCCUCCGCCGCGGCGUCCUCCUCCACUCCACGGACCCUCCUCUUGCUCGUCCCGGUUCUCAUCCUCCUCGUCUUCGUCCUCUCCAGAGCCCCAGAUCUCACCUUCUCCCCCGCCACUGCCGCCUCGCCCCGCCUCCCGGCCCGGCUCCGCCCCUUCGACUGCUACGCCUCGCCGCAGGCCUCCCCGGUCUUGGCCAGCCUCGUGGAGGGCGUGCCCCGCCCCUUCCUCUACUCCCUCGCCGACCUGGGGUCCCUCCCCGACCGCCCGCACCGGAACAUCGCCCGCCUCCUCAAGGGCAAGCGCUUCCGCAAGCCCGACAUCUCCCAGACCAUCCAGGAACUGCUCGCGGGGGAGGUAGGGAGGGGCUCCGGCGGCGGGGUGGUGGUGGACGUCGGGGCCAAUGUUGGGAUGGCGGCCUUCGCGGCGGCCGUGAUGGGGUUCCGGGUGGUGGCAUUCGAGCCGGUCUUCGAGAACCUGCAGCGGAUCUGCGAUGGAGUGUACCUGAACCGGGUGCAGGACCAGGUGGUGGUGUAUCAUGCUGCAGCAUCUGACCGAGCUGGGAACAUCACAAUGCAUAAGGUGAUUGGACGACUCGACAACAGUGCUAUAUCUGCAACUGGUGCGAAGUUAGCAUUCAAAUCUAAUGAAGAAGUUGCUCUUGAGGUUGCUACAAUCCCAUUGGAUGAAGUCAUUCCAGAUGCAGAGCGAGUGGUUCUGAUCAAAAUUGAUGUUCAAGGUUGGGAAUCUCAUGUUCUGAGAGGUGCAUCAAAGUUGCUCUCAAGGAGGAGGGGUGAAGCUCCCUACCUUAUAUACGAAGAGGACGAGCGCCUGCUGCAGGCGAGCAACAGUAGUGCACAAGAGAUAAGGGCAUUUCUUGGCAGUGUUGGUUACAAUCAAUGUACACGGCAUGGGACGGAUGCUCACUGUACAAAAGAAUAGACAAAGCCUUUCUGCCUGGUGGUUGGACGCCCCUCAGCUGGGGAUACAUAGAACAGUCAAAUAGGAUAUCCUGAGCUGUAAGUUUUCCCCUUAUCUUAGGCAGCAGUUCUGAUGCUCCAUCCUUAUAGUUUUCUCCCUGACUCCACGGUUUCUGUUUAUUUCUUAUAGGUUAGUUUGUUGAUUGCUGGAUCUUCUAACAUCAUAUGCUAUACAUGCUUUGUCUAAUGGCAUUUUAACGCAUGCUUAUUCUCA